AUCUAGAGGUAGGGCUUCCAUAAAAAAAUAGAAUCUCCCCUUGUAUGCUUGAAUCUUCCCUCCAUAAAAGAAGAGAAGCAGAGAGCCAUAUUAAAUCAUCAACCUCCCUUUUCCAUUUCCAUAAAAAAACCAAAUAUAUAACCAAAAUGAACCCCUCCGAUCCCACCUCCGACGACCCAAAAGCCCCAUUACUUCCUCUGAAUCACGAACCCGUCGUAAUUCAAAGGCAACCAAGCUCACAUUCCAUUAUAGUCACCCCGGCCAACUUCUACAUCCUUCUUGGGCCGCUUUUGUGCACAGUUAUAUGCCUAUGGGUGAAGCUAGAUGCUCCGGCGACGAGCCGGAAUAUGUUGGGAGUUCUUGCUUGGAUGUUCUCUUGGUGGCUGACUGAGGCCGUGCCUAUGCCGAUCACUUCCAUGACGCCGUUCUUUCUGUUUCCGCUUUUCGGGAUAGCUUCUGCUGAUAGUGUUGCGAAAUCGUAUAUGGAUGAUGUGAUUUCCCUUGUUCUUGGUAGCUUUAUCUUAGCUCUUGCUGUUGAACAUUAUAAUAUUCAUCGGAGAUUGGCCUUAAAUAUAACUCAGCUAUUCUGUGGAGAUCCAUUGAACCCACCGCUGCUCCUCCUGGGCAUAUGCGCAACAACAGCAUUCGUAAGCAUGUGGAUGCACAACGUGGCGGCGGCCGUGAUGAUGAUGCCGGUAGCCACCGGUAUCUUACAGCGGCUACCACUGAACCAAACUCAAAACAAGGACGUGAGGAACUUCUGCAAAGCGGUGGUGCUUGGGGUUAUAUACUCCGCCGCUAUCGGAGGAAUGAGCACCCUGACCGGCACAGGUGUCAAUCUGAUAUUGGUAGGGAUGUGGAGGAGCUAUUUUCCUGAGGCGGAUCCUAUUAGUUUCAACAGUUGGUUCUGUUUUGGGUUCCCUUUGGCUUUGAUAAUAUUUUUGGGUUUGUGGGUCAUACUCUGUUUGUUGUACUGUUCGAGACGGUCGAGGGAGGAACUCUCGGCUUAUUUGGACAAAACUCAUCUGAAGAGAGAGCUUGAAUUAUUAGGUCCAAUGGCUUUUGCUGAAAAGAUGGUAUUAGCCAUAUUUGGGACUUUAAUAGUUUUGUGGAUGACUAGAAGCAUAACAGAUGACAUUCCUGGCUGGGGAUCUCUCUUCAAUGAUCGCGCGGGGGAUGGCACAGUUAGUGUAUUGAUGGCAACAUUUCUAUUCAUAAUUCCAAGCAAGAAGCAAAAGGGAGAGAAAUUAAUGGACUGGAACAAAUGCAAAAAGCUACCAUGGAACAUAGUAUUACUACUGGGAGCUGGUUUUGCAAUUGCAGAUGGAGUCAGAACCAGUGGCCUAGCUGAUGUGCUAUCAAAAGCCUUAGACUUUUUACAGGAGGCUCCAUACUUUGCCAUUGCACCCAUUGUCUGUCUCAUAAGUGCUACAAUCACUGAGUUCACAUCCAACAACUCAACCACCACUCUUGUGAUCCCUCUGCUCAUCCAGAUAGCGAAAACGAUGCAAGUCCACCCUCUGUUGCUCGUUAUUCCGGGCGCCAUCGGAGCUCAGUUUGCUUUCUUGCUUCCCACGGGAACACCUUCAAAUAUUGUAGGGUUCACUACUGGACAUAUUGAGAUCAGUGAUAUGAUCAAAACUGGUGUCCCACUUAAGAUUGUCAGUAUUGCAGCGCUCUCUGUUCUUAUGCCCACGCUAGGAACUUAUGUUUUUGGGACAAAUGGACAAAUUCAAACUGUUUCAUAGCUGCAACAGAGGAGGGUUCAUUGUAAUUUGUAUAUGUGAUCAACGUUUUUGUUGUAUAAAUUAAUUAGUUAUACUUACUGUAUGUUAUUUUCUGCUUUUCAAAUGUUACUCUUUUAUAAUAUUCCUGAAAAAAUCUGUUCAUAAGUUCGUCUA